UUUGGCGUCAGCUCAUGAAGGUGGUCCAUAAGUUCAAAUUCACUAUCGGUGUACACCCAUAGAUAAAACAAGGAAAUACUUGCACUAAUCCUACACCUAGUUACGUUCAUAGUAGAGGAAUUCACUGAGGAACUCUGACAAUGGCCGACGUAAUUGACAGUGAGGUUUUCCUAGCCUUCUCCACUUAUGCCACCAUUGUCAUUCUCAAGAUGAUGUCCAUGAGUUUUUUAACUGCAUACUUCAGAAUCACCAGAAAGGCAUUUGCAAACACUGAAGACACUUUCACUGCCAAAACUUCUGAGGAGAAGAAAAAGAUGCUGCGGGUCAACGAUGAUGUGGAACGUGUUCGAAGAUGCCAUCAGAAUGACCUGGAGAACAUUAUUCCCUUUGUGGUGAUUGGUUUGCUCUAUACUCUGACAGGACCAGAGCUUUCAACUGCUCUGCUCCAUUUCCGCCUGUUUGUAGGGUCACGUUUCGUCCAUACAAUAUCGUAUGUGAUGGCACUGCCUCAGCCCAGUAGGGCUCUGUCCUGGGUAGUGGGCAUAGGCAUUACUGGCAGCAUGGCCUACCACGUCCUCACCAUUGUACUGCGGCUGUAGGGAGAAUCCCCUGAGGAAUAUCACCAGACACCAGACCUUUUCAUGUCUAAAAUUAAAUUUAUAGUGUAUUGUCACUAAAUCCUAUACAAUAACAUCAAGUGUAAACUCUAUUAUAAUAUUACAGUUACUUCAUGUUGACCUAGAGGUUUUUCUUUUAUGUAUUAUUUUUUCCCCAAUCUUUUUUUAGAGGAUUGUUGUUGCAGUUAUUAGGUGUUUCACACCAGUGGGGGUGAAUACUUAUGCAGUUACAAAUUUUACGUUUAUUAUUUGUAAAUAAUUUUGCUAAUUAUAUGAAAUUUUCCCCUACUUCAAUAUUAUGGGGUUCUUUCUGUAUGUUCAUGACAUGAAUUCCAAUUAAGACCAUUUCAGUUCCAGGUUGUAACACAAAAAAGGGGGGGGGGGUCAAAGGGGGUUGAUACUUACCUAAACCACUGUAUGAGCAGUACAGUAACACGCCAGUGGAAUAUUAUCUGAUUAUAUUGUUUGAUUAAACUGGAAACCCUAACAUUUGUUUUAAUUUUACUACCUUGAUGCAAUUUUAACUAUGGAACAUAAAUGUCUUAAGUGAUGGUGCUCUAAACAGUCUACAAAUGAGUCAUACAAUUUCAUAACAACAAUAUCCUAGCCCUAAUAUAAAAUUGGAAGAGUUUGGAUCUCAUUUCUAAACAUAGUACAAAUAUACUCAAAUAUCUUGUAUGCCCACCCUUCACCUCCAAUCUUUUUCGUAUUUGCUGAGUAACCUUUAGAUUCUCUCAGUUAGAUCAUUGGAAUAUGUUAUAAGAAAUAUGAUGAAAAGCUACAACAGUGACAUAAAACACUGAAGAUAAAAAUAUAGAACUGUAUAUUCCAGAGAGCAGGCUAACACAUUUGCCAAAGAAACAAACCCAGAGUGGUAAAGAGGGAAUGCUAUUAAAUGCAGUAUAAUUUCACAUCAUACAGUAAUAAUCAGAUUUCUCAGACUGCAUGGAACCCAAGAAAAAUUUCGAAAUGAAGAAAUUGUUCACAGGUGAAGCCCCUGGAGACAACCAUAGCUCAAAAAUAUUUUAAUAAAUAUGUUUCUAAUAACCAUCUUAAUAUUAUCAACCAUCUAAUAAAAUAUUGAAUAUUUAAUGAUUCUGCA